UAUAAGACACUUCCACGCUCCACCACACACCUUUGUCCCUCACAUUUCUCAUUUCUCAUUUCUCUCUCUGCAAUCGAACCCUCGAUCGAGAAAACAAACACAUCUUCUCCUAUAUCUUCUCCACCACCAUCGCUCCAAUCAAAUCUUCAACAACAACAACUAACUCAUGGCAAAUGCAGCAUCAGGUAUGGCAGUCCAUGAUGACUGCAAGUUAAGGUUUAUGGAGCUCAAGGCAAAAAGGACGUAUAGGUUCAUCGUUUAUAAGAUUGAGGAGAAGCAGAAGCAAGUCAUUGUGGAGAAGCUUGGUGAACCAGUCCAAGGCUAUGAAGAUUUCACUGCAUCCCUUCCUGCUGAUGAGUGCCGUUAUGCUGUUUAUGAUUUUGAGUAUCUGACAGAAGGGAAUGUCCCCAAGAGCAGAAUUUUUUUCAUUGGCUGGUCACCUGAUACUGCAAGGGUGAGAAGCAAGAUGAUUUAUGCAAGCUCCAAAGACAGGUUCAGGAGGGAGCUGGAUGGGAUUCAUGUAGAGUUGCAGGCAACUGAUCCUACUGAAAUGGGUCUUGAUGUGUUCAAAAGCCGUGUCAAUUAAAUAAUGAUUAUGAAUAGUAUAGGCUUUUCUGGUGGGGGAGCUCUCCCCUUAAGCCUUAGUUGCUCAUAUUUGAGAUAUCGAUAGUUUGUGGGUUGGUCAAUUUGACUAGGUUAUGGUCUCAAACUCUCAAUUUUCCAAGUUGUGGCAUAAAGUGUAUUGCACCUUUGACAGUCUUCUCUUGUUCCUGUGUAUUUUGUUAUGAUUUGUGAUAUAUACAAUCUUUGUGUUUGAGUGGCA